AUGUCCAAGGUCACUAAGCACUUUGAAGGCCGACCAAACGCACCGCUGCUCUGGCAAUCCAAUGAAGAAGCAUCAUCGUUUGUUCAAAAACAUGUUGACACUAUUUUGUUUGACGCUGACGGGUGUCUGUACAGGACACCCGACCCUAUCCCUGGUGCGACUGACUGUGUCAAUCGAUUGAUGGCGCUGGAUAAGAAAGUCCUUUUUGUGACCAACAAUGCAGGGGUCAGCCGAAAACAGUUGCAAGAAAAGCUAUCAAAGAUACUUGGGGUUGAUGGACUGACUGAAGACCAACUCAUAUCAAGCUCGUAUGCUGCUGCAAAAUACAUGGGUGCUGCUCUCCAGAAACGCCCGCGGAAAAGAGUGCACGUAAUUGGCACUCAUGGAUUGUGUCAAGAGUUGGAAGGGUAUGGUUUCGACAUCUCUGGAGGACCAACGGAAGACAAAGCUGGAAUGACAAGGGACGAGCUUGCGAGCUAUGGAUUUCCCGAAGACCCCGUUGAUGCCGUGGUCGUUGGACAUGACGUUGAAUUUUCGUUCAGAAAACUAUCAAUUGCCAACAAUCUACUCCUGAGAAACCCGGAGUGCCUAUUUGUUGCUACCAACAAAGAUGCAUUCGACCUUGUCGGAGCAGACGGCCGACAUAUUCCGGGAAAUGGGGCUACCGUUGCGGCAUUGGAGUGCUGCUCUGGGCGUAUGGCCAUCAACGUAGGAAAGCCAAGUCCAGCACUACUUGAUGUGAUCCUUCAGGACCACAACUUCGAAACAAGUAGGUCGCUGUUCGUUGGAGAUCGCCUUGAUACGGACAUAAAGUUUGCUGUGGACUCUGGCAUGUUUUCUGCUCUCGUGAUGACAGGCGUUACAACUGCUGAAAUGAUGAUAGCACAAUCCAACGAUCCCACCUGUGAGAGUGUCUGGCCUAGUGCUAUACUAUCACAUGUUGGUAAAUUGGUAUAA